ACGCUAUCUUGCGUGGAGAAUUGAUUACCUUACCCCCUUUGCGCCCACGCGACCGAGGGUUCUUAAGAAGAGACAGGAUUGAAUUCGGCGUGGACACUUUGUUGAACGAGCUUCAUGACUGCUCGACACAAGAAAAGCUGGGACGCAGCCACGGCCACUACACUCUACGCGCAAUCGAGAUAUGGACGGUGAUCCUGCCAUCGAGCCGGAAAUCGAUGGCUUCACUCGGAUCCUACCCUUACCAUACCGCGUCGCUCUCAUAAUUGUGCUUGGCAUAUGGGCAUGGGGCCUCAACCUUCACUACCUCUCCCUCAUAAAGAUCGACGUCCCCUCUCUAAUCCGCUAUCCAUCGCGUGCCUCGCCACACCACCCACCGCAUCACCUCUCCUGCUACCGUAUCGCAACUUUCCUCUCCAUCCCUCUCGUCCUCUCGCUUUUCCUUUUCUGGGCGAUUACCCACGGUAGCACCAAAGCCAUUGCAGAUUGGGAGAUCCUUCCAAACCUCUACCUACUCGUCCUUGUCAUAGGCUUCAUCGCGCCAGUGCCUUUUGUCAGCCGCAGUGGACGCUCGCGCACACUCGCAACGCUGAAGCGCAUCAGCAUUGGUGGCAUUGCCGAAGCGCAAGAUGGCAAAUUUGGGGACAUUUUGCUUGCAGAUGCGUUGACAAGUUAUGCCAAAGUCCUUGGUGAUUUGUUCAUUUCAUUAUGCAUGUUUUUCUCGUCGGGACAACGCUCCACUGCCGCGCCUAACCGCAACUGCGGUGGAACUUUCUGGGUCCCCUUUAUCAUUGCGGUACCCUACCUGAUCCGCUUUCGGCAAUGCAUCACGGAGUACUACCGCGUCAAAAGAGGAAAUGAGCGUACCGGACAGAUCAAUCCGAGCACCGGUUGGGGAGGCACGCACUUGGCCAACGCAGCAAAAUAUUCCACUGCGUUCCCGGUCAUCAUCCUCAGUGCAUUGCAGCGAUCACCCGACCCUUCGAGCCUCGGCGUCUCAGAAGCCACUCUCUAUCGCAUGUGGCUCUUUGCUGUCAUUGUGAAUUCUGGCUACUCCUAUUACUGGGAUGUAGCCAAAGACUGGGAUCUGACACUCUUCUCCAGUGUCCGCACCCGAAAUUCGCCCGAAUAUCCCUGGGGCUUACGCCGUCAUCGCUGGUUCCAUGCAAAAGAGUUUUACUAUGCUGCCGUUGUGGUGGAUGCCUUGCUGAGAUGUACAUGGAGUCUGAAACUCAGUGUCCACCUCGACCACUUCAAUGAUUUGGAAGGCGGCAUCUUUACGAUGGAAGUGCUCGAAGUGUUCAGGAGGUGGAUAUGGAUCUUUUUUCGUGUGGAGACUGAGUGGGUCAGAAACCACAAGGGCCCGGCUCCCGACGAUGUUUUACUAGGGGAUGUGGGUGCAGGGAACAGGUAUGAUGAUGAUAGUGACUAGACGUCUAAUCAGUCUUCGUACUGGUCCAUGUUCACUGCUGCACACUUCAUGUACUGUUAUCUCAAAAGGGCAACUCCAUCCUCUAGGCGGAACAACGGAUAUUAUCUAUAGCCUAAUUCCCCAUCGCAUCGCCUAUUUUUACCAGGUUUCCGUCGCU